AUUCAGACAAAUAUUCUAUUUUUGAUAAUAAAAUUUUUGAAAAUUCUUAAAAAUAUCGUGAGAAUCCUUCUGAUAUCUAAAUAUUUUCAAGUCAACUCAUUAACGAUUUGGCUCGUGUUGCGACCCACUUUGUAGGAAACAUUUUUCUCUCUUAAUUUUCCUUUCCUGGACGAACCCCAGUCCCGGAGAAGCUUCUAACUUCUGAGGGCCAAAAUUUUGCCCUUUUUUUCAACCAAAGUCCAGAUUUCUCUUCAUCUUUGCUUCUGUUCUUCGAAAAUUGGAAAUGGGUAAGAAAAUGUAAGUGGAUCUGCAAGCCGCAGCAUCCAGGAAUGAGCAGUCAAAUCAUGAGUUUCUUUCUGCUUAAGAGGUUGGCUUGGUAAAGAAAUGAUGGCUGAUUGGUCCAAUCUACCGGAUGAUCUUUUAAAAUUAAUUGCAAGACACCUGCACUCCAUCAAAGAUUAUGUGCGAUUUGGUGGGGUCUGCAGGUCAUGGCAUUUGGUGACCCUUCAAAAGGAUUGCUCUUCAUGUUCAAAGCUACCAUGGCUGAUGCUCAUGGAGAAGGAAAACAAUGACAUGCGUGGGUUCUAUUGUCCAUCUAGUGAAAGGGUUUAUGAAAUUCUCUUGCCUGAGAUCCAUGGAAGACGGUGCUGGGGCUCUUCCCAUGGUUGGUUGGUCACUGUUGGGAUUGAUAUGGUUAUGCACUUACUAAAUCCAUUAUCUCGAGUCCAGAUCCCACUUCCACCACUACAAAAAUGUGCAAAUCUGAACAAACUUGUUUGCACUCCCAAAGAAUUCCGUGAUAUUUUUGUGAACAAAGCUGUUCUAUUCUCCAGUCCUUCUUCUCCAGGUUGUGUUGUUAUGGCAAUCUAUUCGCAAUUUGGUAAGAUGGCUUUUGCAAAACCGGGUGACGAAGUUUGGACUCCAAUGGGAUGUCGUUCUGGACCAUUUGAUGACAUUAUUUAUUUCAAUGGUAAUUUUUUAGCUGUGAACUUUGAAGGACAUGUUGUAAUUCAUGACUUGACUGGCUGUCAUUUGAAGACAGUAGUUUUUGCACCAUCGUCGCCUGUGGAUGAGCUGCUCUACGAGACCAAGUAUCUUGUGGAGUUGGGAGGGGAGAUUCUUAUGGUCAUUCGGCGUCUUUUUGAGACUGGGAUCACAGACCCCUCAAAUUUAAAAACUUGGGGUUUUGAAGUUUACAAGUUGGACCUGAUGUCUAAGAAGUGCGAGGAGGUGAUGGAGAGUUUGAACAACUGCGGGACUUUAUUUUUGGGUAAUAACUGUUCUUUUUCCAUUUGUGCUGCUGAUUACCCUGGAUGCAGGAAGAAUUGCAUUUACUUCACUGACGACUACAUAGGAUUGGCUAACAGUAACCCAUUUAGCUAUGAUAUGGGUAUCUACAGUUUGGAGAAUCGCAAGAUAGAGCCAUACCCUGUCAGACAUGAUUCUGUUUCUAUAUUUUCUUCACCGCUUUGGAUCAGACCAAGCUUUUGGUAAUUGGAGCAGCUUCUCCCUUUUUAUUUUCUUUCAAGAUGUAUCCUUCUGCAUCAUGUAUUUUUAUUUUAGCCAAACCUUUAUGGAACUGAAUCCUGAAAGGUUCGCCAAACCUUUGUGGAACUGAAUCCCGAAAGUUUCACCAAGCCUUUGUGGAGCUGAAUCCUGACAGUUUCUGGACAUGGAUUUCCUUGCUUUGGGUACAAAUAUUGACAAUAAAGUAGAGGUGGCAACUAUAAUUCAUGUCUUUUGACUGGCUACAAAUAAAGGGAUGAGGUACACCCAUAAAACUAUAUGGAUCAUAAAUCUACCCUGGCUCUAUCCCAUUUGUGCCUAGCUUUGCCAUCUGAUUUUGCCAUAUCAAAGGGUCUGAGAGGGCAUGAUCUGCAAACAGAGAGUUAGUUUCCAUGACUUGAACUUAUGAGGUUAUGAUUUAGGUGUAACACCUCUACCAUUGAGCCAAAGCUUGCCCUUCCCUGACCCCCAUAUGUCAUGAGAGCCUUGUGCACUGGCUGUUACAUUUACUUGAUUUCUCUUCGGAUGAAGCAUUCAUGGAUUUGGUGAAAGAGCUUGAGAUAUCAGGAUAAAGAUCAACCACCAUCCUGACAAUGUUGAGUUCUUAUCAGACUGACAUUCCUGCUCAGAUUGGCCAGGAUUUUGUACUCACGGUUCCAAUUAACAACCUGUUUAGACUUGAAUGAAGCUCUUCUGAAAUGUCUGUAAUACCUUCCCAUAAAUUUGGGGUACUGUUUCCAAGCCCAACAAGUUUAUCCCCCUCCAUUAAUCCUUCUUGGGAUCAGAAUUGAAUCAAAUCAGAAGAACCAGGCCUAUAGAGAAGAAGAAAAAUAAGAGAAACAACAGAAGAUGAGACAAACAGUGUUAAUAAAAUAUUUGUUUUAAUGAUAUAUUUGUUUCCUUCAGCCUAGUUCACUGUUUAUUUGAACUUCUCAUUGUAGUUGCUCUUGUAUGUUAUGGUUUUUCAUUUUUAAUGUUGUUUUGGUUUAAUGCUACUUUCAUCUUUGAUUAUUAGGACCUAAAUGUUGGAUUUGCCAUGUAUUUUCAUCUAGGAAAAAGCAUUGGUUUCAGUGGGAAUACAUUCUCUUGUAAUGUUUAUACUGUUGGGAUUUUUUGAGUUCUAUUCCAAA